CAUAUUAAAACAAAUUGCUUUCAAUAAUUUGUUUCCUUCGGAAAUUUGCGACAUAUGGUCCGACCUGGGACACAAAAUAUUGACUUAAAAACAAGAAGGAUAAUUGUAAUAAUGAGAUUUAUGCAUAGAGAAAUAAGUGCUGGAACAAGUUAAUUGAUAGAGGCAGUGCUGUUACAAGCUAGUUGAUAGUGGCAGUGCUGGAACAGGUUAAUUGGUAGAGGCAGUGCUGUUACAAGCUAGUUGAUAGUGGCAGUGUUGGAACAGGUUAAUUGGUAGAGGCAGUGCUGUUACAAGCUAGUUGAUAGUGGCAGUGUUGGAACAAGUUAAUUAAUAGAGGCAUUGCUGGAAAAUAUUGAUUGAUAGAGGCAGUGCUGGAACAAGCUAUUAGAUUUAAAGAAUUCUGUCAUCCAUAAUGACCAAGCUGUUUCUACAAAUAUGGAAGAAUUCAUAACCCUACUGUGUUCUAAAACAGUCUUUUGUAGCAUAUGGUUUGAUAUAAUACAACUAGAAGUGACAUAAAAAAUUACCAAAAUGAUGUUCAAAAGAUUUUGGGAGCGACUGAAGACAAAUUAUCUAAGAGGGUCUCCACUACAUCGUGUGGGACGAACUAAGACUUUAGUUUCAGCAGUUGUUUGUUUAAGUUUUCUGUCUUUUAUCGCUUUCACAUAUCAUUUUCUUAAUUCAAGUCCAGUGCACCGAAUAGCUAACCCACCAGAACCUGUCAUAACAUGCCGUAUGAACAACCUUCAGAAAUCUAUGUUCACACCAAAGGAUCAUACUUCAAAAGAAAGACUUCAUAUAGGUGCUAGAGUGUUAGUUUUUGUGGAAUCCCAAUAUUCUAAAGCAGCCAAACAAAUAACCAGUUCUCUCCAAUAUGCCCGUAUUGAUUACAAAUUAGAAAACGCAGGUCACAAUUUACCUACUCUUACCCAUGCCGAUAAAGGACGAUUUGCUGUAAUUAUUUUUGAAAGUCUUGAAGCAUAUGUCAACAUGGAUAAUUGGAACAGACAGUUGUUAGAUAAAUACUGUCAAGAUUAUAAAGUUGGAAUGAUAAUUUUUGUACACUCUGCUGACGAGUACGGCAUUGAAAAAGAAAAAGUACCAGGUUUGCCAUUGAUAUUAAGGUACAAUGUUGCAGUUAAAGACUAUCGCUUAAAUGCAUUCACUGAUAUAUGGCGAAUAACAAAACCAGGAGAAACAGUUUUAGAUAAUAUCGAAGAAGAUGAUUGGGUUGUGUUUGAAUACAAUCAUUCUACUUAUGAACCUUUGUCUUACGCAAAACUAGCACCACCUCCAUAUUUAAAUUCUCGUUACAUACCUGAUAAUUCUACAGUUGUUUGUGCUUUGCUAGAUCGUGGAACAUUAGAUGGCAUACAGAGAAUUUUUUUUGGUAAUGAUUUAAGUUUCUGGGUACAUCAGAUGAUAUUUAUUGAUGGUAUAUCAUAUUUAUCACAUGGGAAGCUGAGUUUUCCUUUAGAACGAUACAUUCUAGUGGAUGUUGAUGACAUAUUUGUUGGAAUAACUGGCACCAGAAUGACAGCAGACGAUGUAGAGGCUUUGGCAAAGUCUCAGGAAAGACUUCAAAAGGAAGUCAGCAACUUCCAUUUUAAUCUAGGAUUUUCUGGUUGGUUUUAUCAACAUGGAACUUCUUUAGAAAAUGCAGGUGAUCAGAAGAUACUAGAGUACAGGAAUAAAUUUUGGUGGUUUGGUCAUAUGUGGCGACAUGAACAAGGACAUAAGUUUGACCAAGCUAAAUUAGAAACUUCUAUGAUUAAAAAUUACCAAUUUGCAAAAGAACACAAUAUACCAGUGAUGCAUCAGUAUGCUGUUGCUCCCCAUCAUUCCGGUGUCUAUCCUGUACAUGAACCACUCUACCAAGCAUGGAAAAAUGUGUGGGAUAUACGAGUAACUAGUACAGAGGAAUAUCCUCGACUUUAUCCUUCGUGGAAGAGGCGGGGAUUCAUUCAUAAAGGGGUUAUGGUGCUACCUCGUCAAACAUGUGGUCUCUUUACUAAAACAUUAUACAUUGAUACUUAUCCUGGUGGAAGGAAAAAGUUAGAUGACAGUAUACAAGGGGGAGAACUCUUCAAAACAUUCCUAUAUAAUCCUAUAAACAUUUACAUGACUCAUAUGGGUAAUUAUGCAAAUGACAGACUAGCUUUGUAUACAUUUGAAAGUGUAAUAAAAUUUGUUAAAUGCUGGACAAAUCUGCAGCUGAAGCAGGUAACACCAUUAGAAAUGGGCAUUAAAUAUUUUGAGAUGUAUCCUGAAGAUAAAGAACCAGUGUGGCAGGAUCCAUGUGUGUAUAAAAGACAUAUGCAGAUCUGGUCUGCUAACAAAAGCUGUGAUAGAUUGCCAAAAUUCCUUGUUGUUGGUCCUCAGAAAACAGGUACAACAGCUUUAUACAAAUUCCUGCAGAUACACCCAGCUAUCUUAGCAAACUACAACAGUCCUGACACAUUUGAAGAAGUACAGUUCUUUAAUGGUAAUAAUUACCACAAAGGCAUUGAUUGGUAUAUGGAGUUUUUCCCAGUACCUGGCAACGCUACCUCUGAUUUUUUGUUUGAGAAAAGUGCUAAUUAUUUUGACGGGGAAUUGGUACCAUAUAGAGUUCAUUCCUUACUGCCAAAAGCAAAAAUCAUUUGUAUACUCAUUGAUCCUGCCAAAAGGGCAUAUUCUUGGUAUCAGCACAUGAAAGCUCGUGGUGAUCAGGUAGCAGGCAACUAUACAUUUCAUGAUAUCAUAACUGCUCCAGACAGUGCUCCUAGGAAAGUGAGAGAAUUACGCAAUAGGUCACUUAUACCUGGAAUAUAUGUUCAGCAUUUACAAAAAUGGUUAGAAUUUUUUCCCUCCAGACAGAUUUUUAUAAUUGAUGGAGGUCGUUUAAAAAGUAAUCCAGUAGCUGUGAUGCACAAUGUCCAAAGAUUUUUACAUAUAGAGCCCCAUUAUGAUUAUAAUGACUAUUUAAGGUUUGAUCCAAAGAAAGGGUUUUUCUGCCAAGUUUCGUCAGCCAACAAAAGUGAGUGCUUGGGUCGAGGUAAAGGUCGGCAUUACCCACCGAUGAACGAAACAUCAAUAGAGUUCUUAGAACAGUUUUACAGAAAAAAUAAUGUAGCACUAUCCAAACUUCUAAGCAAACACAAGUAUAGGAUACCAGACUGGUUAGAAAAAGAAUUAAGUGACUGAAUUAUGACAGGUUUUAAUUAUUAAUACCUUAGACCCUAUGUGAUUAAUUUUCUGAAUCUCACUUACAGAUGCAUGUUGGGAAAUUAAUUGAUUUCCUUGGAUGAAAAUUGGGUACAAAUCUGUUGAUUGAAUUUUGUAAAAGUUUCAGUAAAACUAUCAAGUGAAAGAAAACCACAUACCAAACAUUCAUAAUGUUAUAUGAGGUGUAAAAAAUACUAUACAUUGUACAAUUAAAAUGUAUGCAUUUUAAUUUAUUUAUUUUUGUGUGUAAAUGUUUUGUAAGUGUGUGUUUCACUUUCAACACAGGACACAAAAUCAACCAAAAUAUGACCACAUUCAGAACUCCAAUUUAUGGUAGAAAAAAUACCAACUAUCCUCCCAAACUUUUUUUUUAAGAAUCCAGUAUCCGAGUACCAGUUAGUUAAUUUCAUAUGGCCUAAGAUUAAUUAUUUUAGCAAGUAAGCAGUUUAGAGAUGAUUUUUUUUUAAUUAAGAAAUUAUUUUUCGACAAAUUUUUAAAAUAUAGAUAUAUGUAUUAGCUUCUUUGGAAUUUUUACCAACAAUAGUUUAAUAUAAUUUGAUGAACCAGUUUGAUUUUAUUGUAUUGUCUGAUGAACUGUAUCUUUAGUUUUAGUGUAUUGACAAUUUUUUCUUCUUAAUUUAGUAUAUCAAGUAGAAAAGUAUGCUAACUCAGUGUUGUUUUUAGAUUAGAUCUCAUGGAAAUGUUCAUAUUGAACCAUUGUUAAGGUGCUUUUAUUCCUGUUAUAAAUAUUGUUGUGUAUCUGCAAAUGUAUGAUAGUGAACUGUAUAUACAUGACAAAUCUUUCUAUAGAACGAUUUUAUUUUUCUGUGGAUCAAACAAUUAAAUACAGAGAAUGUCGUCUCUGAACUUUUGCAAGAAAGAAUAUUGAUGUAAAAUACUCAACAUAAGUAUAAAGCUUUACAAUGAAUUAAAUUCAUAUGUGAUAUUUAACAGUGUGUUUGCUUUAUUUUUAAGUUUCUUUUUUCCUGUUUAAGACUUAUCAAAAAGACCUUUUCAACAGGGAUAAGCCAGAUAUGUUAAAGUUUUUGAUGAAGUAUAGAAAUUUAAAAAGCUAAUACAAUUGAAAAAUAUUCUGUCAAUGUUUUCCCAGAUUUUCCGGUGAAGAAUUUAAUUUGAAACGCAAUAAAACGAACAAAAAAUUAAAUAAAAUGUGAACCAUUGAAAGGCAGCAUGUUGAAAGAAAUACAUGAUUAAAAAAUUGCAUGUCAUAUCUUGUGUGUGUAUUUUUUUUGUAGAUGAUUACAAAAAUGUGUAACAAGGAAAUCGACACAUCAUAUUGAUGUGUUUAGUAAUUCCCCCAUUAAAUUCAAUAUGCUCCAAAGUUUAUUUUUCAAAAUAUUAUCGCUUUGAUAUUAAUAUAAAUUUAUUAACAUUUCUUUCUAUAAUUGUUUAAGAAUAUGGUAGACAUUUUAGAUAUGUUGAAAAAUUAUACUUUGAUAUAUACUAUAUUAUAAUGAACAUUUUAUAAUUCCCACCUAGAAUUAUGAUGGGAGUAUUAUUUCAGUUGUAAUUACAGAGUAAUGUUAUAAUUACAUGUAUUAUAAAUGUUAUCUAUGAAGUCGAGGCACAUUUUUUAACUUACUUAUAGCAAUGUAUUUUUCAAAUCAUAACUUUUAGCAAGUAUGCAGUUUAGAGUCUUGAUAUUUUAGCAAUGUAUUUUUCAAUGUAUAACUUUUAUGCAUGUUAUUUUAUUCUUUUAUUCAAAUUACUUUUUAAUUUAUGUAUUUGAAUUGUAGUAUGCACUGAGAUAUUCAGAUCUGAUCCUUGUAGAGAUUUAUAUUCCAAUUCUGCAUCAAACUAAAUUUUUGUAAAUUGAAUUUUUUAUCUUGAUAUCAUAAAAGUUUGUCUCAUGUCACAUAAAAUUUGUAUUUUAUUUUUUAUUUUCAUUGAUAAAUAGAGAUAGUUAAACAUGAAGUAUUAUAAAACUUCUGUCUUUUUUUUUUUUUAGAACUGAAGUAUGUAGGAGAGUUGGAUAAAGCAUAUUUUUUAGAAAGAUUACUGUGUAAUUUUUACUUUAAAGGGGAUACCACUGGCAUGAUGUUUUGGGCCACCUAUUUUACUAACUAUUGAUAGUCAAGGUGUUUGUUUAUAUUUUUUUUAUUAUCAAGUUCUGCUGCUUUGUUCAGAACAUACAAUUAAGUAAUUUUUUUGUUAGAUAUUUUCUGAUAUGUCGACCUAAUUUUACCAUUUUUUGUUGUUUCUUUGUUUAUUAUUCAAGAGUUGUUCUGACAGAAGUAAUUUUCACAAAAAAAUCUAAAAAAUCUAGAAAUUUAAAAAUAGUUUCUGGUUGCUAUAUGGCUAAAGUUAAUGUUUGAUUUUCAAGGGCACAGCUCAUAUUUUUGUCAGACACCCUUUUCUUAACAAAAUGCUGAUGAAAAUUUUAAAAAAGAAGAUAUUUGUCAUGUAUAGGAGUCCAUGUCUUUAUGAUUAGGUUUAGGACUUUAGACUGACAUUAUUAUUUAACACUGACAGUAAGGGAUACAAUUAUCAAAUUUUAUGUUUUUAUCUAGUGAGAACAAGACUGGAAAGAGUCAUAUAUCCAAUUUUUACAUGCUCAGCAUGCUUAAAGCAAUAAAUUCCAACUUUUUAAGAUUUUAGUAUGACCUGGCUUUGAUUGAAUACACCACAACACUUGGGGAAGUAUGCUACCAGGUCCACCAGUCCACAAAGGCAGGCGUCAUGCCAUGGGAAGAUGGUAACUUUUACUUAUAGGAAGAUAGGAAGAUUUCAUUGAUUGAUUAGAGUUUGUUUUUUUGAAAAAAAUGAUACCACAAUUUGAUAUGUGAUUAACAUUUUUAGAUAAUUGUUGUAACUUACUGGCAUUAUUUAUUGUACAUUUUUAGAUAAGUUUUGCAACUUCUAAUUUACAGUACAUUUAGAUAAGUUUUUGUAACUUCAGUACACAUGUAUAGUUGAUAUUUUUAAUUAAAUGAUUAGAAUGAUGUACAUACCUGUAUUUUUAUACUAAAUUAAACCAGGUUGUGAUAUUUAUACAAGUUGUUGUUAUACUACAAUCAUGUCACAAAAUAGAGUAGAAUAUAUAUAGGAAUACAAUCAAUGAAUAUUGACAAGGUUUGAUUAAAAAAUUCAGAUCAGCUUUAAUUUAAAAAAAUCAAAUUGAUUUGUUACUUCCAAUGCAAGAUUUUUUUUUCUAGAAAACUUGGUUGCAUAUUAUAUAUCCACCAAAGAAUGGAAAAACUUUUAUUGAAAGUCUGAAAACAGAUUAGCAUCUCAUGUUGGAAAUAUUUGGACUAUCUGAAUAUUUUUAAUAGAUUUCUGCAACUCUUUUCACAAAAAUCUAACAAGAAAAAUACUUGAAAGUCAUAAACAUAUCAGUAUAACUUACAAUUUGUUUCACUUGUAAAAUGUUUGGUUAAACGAGUCACUGGAAUUUAUGUUCUUCCUUUUAAAAACCUAAUUCUGUAAUACCUAAUGUAUAGACAUUGUUAAUGAAGAAUUUCAAAACUUUUAUGUAGGAGCAUGAUUUGAAACAAAAAGGGAAGCAAAGAAAUUUAUUUGCUGAAUAUGUGAUAAAUGACCGUUUACUUGUUUUAACAGACCAGUUAAAAUAAAACAAAAUCACUAAAACAGCAGUUACUAAACAAUUCUAAAGAUAAGAUGUCUUAUUGAAAUGUGUUCUUUUUAUAAAACAGUUCAUUUUUUGUCUGUCUUUGUAUAAAUGUUCAUCAAUUUAUAUCAUCUCAAUAGGGCUUUGUUAGACAUUCCUGUAAUUUCAUAUAAAGUAUUAACUUAUUACAAUGUAUUCUUUCAAUCUUAAUCUCAUUAUGGUAAAGUGCCAAAAAGGAAUAUUAAUAACAUAGUAUCAAGCUUAAUUUCAUUCUUCAUGCAUAGCCACUUCACAUUUCUGUUUUGGUUUAAAUAUUAUUUUUGAUGACGGCAUGCUCGCUCAGUUUAUGUACUGAUGUAAAUGGUAAUGCAUUUAUGAUAAUGAAAUAAUCAAUGUGCAUUUAAUACUGGUAAUAAAUGUUUACAACAUAUUCAGAACAUACAAUUGUUUAGACGCUGUAAAAAUAGUUACAUAAUAAAAGCAAUCAAAAUA